AGUGUCUUCUGCAGACUGCACGUGCUGAUGAUACUUGAAGUUUAUUUUCAUAGAUAUACUAACAUUCGUUCAUAACACUUGUUUAGCUGACAGUUUAGUAUUGCAAUCAUGGAUGCCUACGAAAUAUCUAAAAAAUUGGAAUUUGGGGUGCGUUACGAUUUGAAAAGUUUUCACGAAGAUGCGGUAUUAUUUGGGUUGCUCAGAAAACCAACCUCUACGGAGGCAAAAAUAAAAACCGAAAAUGAACAAAAGGUUGACGAAUCAGUAGAAAUUAAAACAGAGCCUGAUUCAGAACCUGAAUCAGAAUCAGAAGUUAUUGAAGAUGAUAGUCAAAAAAAAUCACUAAAAAGAAAAUGCUCUGAAAUUGAAGAUGCGAGUGAAGCAAAUGAGAGCGAAUUUACCAUUUUGGAUGGUAUUAAGGCUGGUGCGGAUGGAAAAAUACUAAAAGAAAAAAAGAAAAAAAAACUGAUGACAGAAGAAUUAAAAUUAAAAUUGGAACAAGAACAAAUCAACCACUUUAGAAAUAUUCAUCACAUAUCGGUAACAGGUGCAAAAGUUCCUGUACCUAUAAAAUCCUUUGAUGAAUUACGCAACGAUUACAAUAUUGGAGAUGAUAUUAUUGCCAACAUGAAAAAAUGUGGUUACGAAGAACCAACAGCUAUUCAAAUGCAAGCUUUACCUGUUAUGUUACAAAAUAGAAGAAUAUUGGCCUGUGCUCCAACUGGUUCAGGAAAAACUGCUUCCUUCCUCAUUCCAAUAAUACAUCAUCUGAAAGGACCAAAAAGUAAAGGUUUUCGAGCCAUUAUUAUUAGCCCUACAAGAGAGUUGGCAAAGCAAACUUAUAGAGAGUGUAUUCGAUUGAGCGAGGGUCGUGAUUUUCGAAUACACAUUAUAAGUAAAGUCAAUCAAGCAGCUGAAAAAUAUGGGGCAAAAAGCUCUCAAAAAUUUGAUAUUUUAAUUACUACUCCCAAAAGGCUUGUUUAUCUCUUAUCUCAAGAACCACCUGCAAUCGCUCUCAAUAAUGCUGAAUGGCUUGUGGUUGACGAGGCAGAUAAAUUAUUUGAAGAGGGAAAGAGAGGUUUUAAAGAACAACUUGACAUAAUAUCUAAGGCAUGCACAAAUCCAGACUUACGUCAAGGAAUGUUUAGUGCUACCAAUACUCCAGCGGUAACAAAGUGGUGUAGACAUAAUUUUAAGGGUUUAGUCACAGUAACAAUUGGAUCAAGAAACUCAGCAGCUGAUACAGUUGAUCAGAAGCUCCUAUUUGUAGGUAAUGAACAAGGAAAAUUAAUAGCAUUUAGAGAUCUUGUGAAAGAGGGCUUAACACCUCCAGUGCUGGUAUUUGUUCAAAGUAAAGAGCGAGCUCAAAAAUUAUUCACAGAACUUAUCUACGAUGGGCUGAAUGUGGAUCUCAUUCAUUCCGACAGAACUCAAACACAAAGAGAUAAUGUUGUUCAAUGUUUCCGUGAAGGAAAAAUAUGGGUUCUUAUUUGCACAGAACUUAUGGGCCGUGGUAUUGAUUUCAAAGGUGUCAAGCUUGUAAUAAAUUAUGAUUUUCCACCUUCAGCUAUUUCAUAUAUUCACAGAAUUGGUCGUACUGGUAGAGCAGGAGAAAAAGGAAAAGCCAUUACUUACUUUACUACACAAGACACUGAAAAUUUAAGAAGCAUUGCAGCUGUUAUGCGUAAUUCAGGUUGUGAAAUUCCUGAAUAUAUGCUUGCUCUCAAAAAGAAAAGCAAGAGGAAAUUCAAGCAGACAAACGAAGAUAAUAAUAAUGAUAAAAAAAAUGAUAAGAGAAGUGAAAAGAAAAAUGAAAAGAAAAUUGUUAAGAAA